UGGCCUUCUCAGCUUUACAACCGUUUGACAAAAUCACACGCCUAAGAUAUUCAUCAGAAGUGCGAUGUCUUGGAAAAAUCAGUUGUUGUAUUUCGCAGUGAUGGCGACUCUCACGUCUUUCAGACUUUGUAAUGGACAAGCUGAGGGUGUGGUGGAAAGGCCCACGUUACAGGGCACACUGGGCUUCAGCAGUUUGGUGUCUGGAGAAACAAAACACAAAUCUCCAACACGAGACGGUUCACUUGUCUUCAGAUUGGACCAACAGAGUGGCCUGAAUUCAACUCAAGUGAUGCAUAAACUCAUGGAUGCAAAACUGAAACGCAUGGACCCAUCAGUGCAGUGUAGUAACAACCUGAUGACUCUGAAGGUCAGACGAGUCAGAGAUGCACGUUUUCUCGUGGAUAGUGGAGAGAGACCUCUUACUCCUCUGUCUCAAAUGCCCCUUAAAUGUGGCUUCUCUGUGAAGAGGACCCGCAGAAAUGUACAGUUUGCUGCAUCUUAUCAGGGCUGCCAUGUCACAAAGAAGGAUGGUGAUUAUGUCCUACCACUGCGUUUAUGGGGGACACCAAUGGCCAUGUCUUGCCCUGACGUGUUACCAUCGCCCUCCGUUUUCUGCUUUGUGUCUGGGAUGGUGGUGAAGAUCGGUGGUGUUAAAGUAGACGACCUCAAAGUAAAAAUAUCUGGCACAUGGAAGUCCCUUUCACAAGUGUGUAGCAGCUGUGGACUUGAUUUCAAAGAGUAUCCUGGUGGACUGACACUUACUAUACCUUACAACAGAGGAUUGUGCAUAGAGUUCAAGGAUGAGGAGUAUUUACUUUCUCUUCUGUGGCUGGAUGUUGAGAUCUUAGUCACAUGCCCUUUUUUCCCAGAUGUAAAUCCUGCUAUAGAGACAGCUGCACCUCCUGGUGACAGUGGUCAGGUCCUGCAGCAUCCUCAGUACCCUCAGUUCCCAUUGUUUCCACAAUACCUCCUGCCAACACGAAGUCCAGCCCCAACUGUAGGUACGGUGACACUGUUGCCACAUCCACAGCUUUACUCAGGAGCUCCUGCAGACUACAACGAUGAAAACCAAGAAGCGGCUGCAGCUCAGCACCCAGCAUUCCCAUAUAUGCCACAGUUCCUUCAGUACCUUUUUCUUCCUGAGCCUGAACCACCAACACAAUCUUUUGCUAAUGAAAAUACUGCUGACCCUUUGGCCCAGUUACCUCUAAUGCAGCAGUCUCCACAAUAUCAAAUUCCUCGUUUCCCACAAUUCCCCAUGGCAUCUGAAAUUUUCCAUCCCACUACCCCAGCUCCUCCUCCUACCCCUCGCAAAGAGGCUUUAGUAGCCGUACCUGCUGCAGAGGAUGAGGGGAAUCCUCAAGUUCCCCAGCAGGAAAAGUUUCCAGUGCCUCCUCAAUAUACUUUCCUGUCAUUCCCUAAUCGCCCACUAUCUCCAAAUGAUCGAUCUGAGGCCAUUGAAGAUCCCAAACAUGUAGUCCACCUGCCCAAACCACAACACGAGUAUCCUCAGUCCUACCAGAUCCCUGUGUUGUAUCCUCCCAAAUAUCUUCCCCAAAGGCAAAAUACUCAAACUGCGUAUCCCACCACCAUCCCAACAACCAGUACAGCUGUGAGUCAGAAGCCUGCAGCUCAAGAGCCAUUUUAUCAUACACACCCUUAUAUUCCAGUUUACUUCGUUCCUCGGCAGGCUGACAUGCCUGUAUUUCCCGGUCCUCCGACCACACCUCCUGACAGCCCAGCUCCAUCUGAUCAGCAUGAACGUCAGCCUGCCUACAGCCAUGCCUCCUUUCCCUUUCCUUUCCCACAAGGAGCCAAAACCAGUUGAAAGAGACUGGUAAAGUUAUGACUGAUGACCCCCAGGAUGCAAUACAAGACUAUCUUAAUGUCAUACAUUUGACUCAUUGGGUCAUAGCAAACUCUCCAUAGAUCCUUUUUCCUGCUGAAUAAAAAGCAGUCACUGAAAUCCUUUAGAGCAAGUAACCAAGUUUGUUGUGAUGCAAUAAGCUAGAGAGAACUUCAAAAUGUAAAUUUUCUUGCAGGGAAAAUAGAGGGUAAAGUUAGUUAUACAAUUACUUACUGAAUUUAUUUUCUCUCUCCUCUUUUGAAUUUGUCAAACGCUAAAGCCACAUAUUUUGUGUUUUAUUUCAAUUAUUUGGCUUGUUAAUACCAUGUGUUCUUGUAAAGUUCAUUUAUAUAUGUCAUUUCUUAACAUUAAGGCUGUUUCUUGUCGAUUCUUUCUGCAGUAGUUUUCUUGAUUCAUUGAUUGUUUGGCCUGCAAAAUCUUAAUUGCAUUGGUUACUUCUCCAAACUGCUUGCUUCGUAGAACCAUCAGAUAAAAGUCCAAGGACAGAAAAACACCAAAAUCUGAAAACAAUAUUUAUUUUUAAAAUAUUUGCUUUAAAAGAAGACCAAAAAAAUGAUUAAUUAUUAAACUCCAGCUCUUUGGAAACUUG